AUGGAGAAAAAGAAUAUUUUCAAGUUCCUGGGGUUAGCAGUGGCAGAAGAUGGAAGUCAUGGAUAUCACAAAGAAGACAGUCCUUUCCUAAACAAAACUGACAGCAUAAAAGGAAAUGAAUAUUAUGACAGAAAUUUGGCCUUAUUUGAGGAGGAACUGGACAUUCGACCAAAGGUAUCAUCACUCCUCAGCAGAUUGGCUAAUUACACAAACAUCACUCAGGGAGCAAAGGAACAUGAGGAAGCGGAAAGUGCAGAAAGUUCAAAGAAAAGAACACCUAAGUCUCCCAAUAUGGGAACCCUGAUGGGAGUAUACUUACCUUGCCUACAGAAUAUCUUUGGAGUGAUUCUGUUUCUACGUUUGACAUGGCUUGUUGGAAUUGCAGGGAUCUUGCAAUCUUUCUGUAUUGUCUUCAUGUGUUGCUGUUGUACAAUGUUAACAGCCAUAUCAAUGAGUGCCAUAGCAACAAACGGAGUUGUACCAGCUGGAGGUUCUUACUUUAUGAUCUCAAGGUCUCUUGGUCCUGAAUUUGGAGGUGCUGUGGGCCUGUGUUUCUAUCUUGGAACGACGUUUGCAGGAGCCAUGUAUAUACUUGGUGCCAUUGAAAUUCUACUGGCCUACAUUGUUCCUGCAGCAGCUAUAUUUAAACCUGUUCAACCACAUGAAGAAACCAGUGCUAUGCUUCACAACAUGAGAAUCUAUGGGACAAUCUUCCUCACAUUGAUGUGUCUGGUUGUUUUCAUAGGCGUCAAAUAUGUUAAUAAGUUUGCCUCUUUGUUUUUGGUAUGUGUGAUACUAUCCAUUCUGUCCAUUUACGUGGGUGUUAUCAAAUCAGCAGUUUAUCCUCCAGAAUUUAAGAUAUGCAUGUUAGGAAAUCGAACUCUUUCUCGAAAUCUAUUUGAUAUUUGUGCCAAAACCACAACUGAAAACAAUUUGACAGUGACAACUAAAUUAUGGGACCUGUUCUGCACUUCUAAAAAUCAGACAGACACUUGCGAUGAGUAUUUUGUGCAAAAUAAUGUCACAGAAAUCCAAGGAAUUCCAGGUGUAGCAAGUGGCAGAAUAAAAGACAAUCUGUGGAGCAGCUACAUGACCAAAGGAGAGAUACUACAAAAGCAUUCUUUGCCAUCUGUUGAAGCUUCUGGAUCAAGAAGGAAUCUACCUGUCUAUGUGUUUGCAGACAUAACUACUACGUUUACAAUGUUGGUUGGCAUCUUCUUCCCUUCAGUAACUGGUAUCAUGGCUGGUUCUAAUAGAUCAGGAGACCUGAAAGAUGCACAGAAGUCCAUUCCCAUUGGUACUAUCCUGGCUAUUGCUACAACCUCAUUAAUUUACUUAAGCAGUGUUGUGUUAUUUGGAGCCUGUAUUGAAGAUGUUGUACUUAGAGAUAAGUAUGGUGAUGCUGUGAAUAAUAAUCUGGUUGUUGGAACUCUGGCCUGGCCUUCUCCAUGGGUUAUUGUGAUUGGUUCCUUUUUCUCAACAUGUGGUGCUGGUUUACAGAGCCUAACCGGAGCUCCACGGUUGUUGCAAGCCAUAGCUAAAGACAAUAUCAUACCUUUCUUGCGGGUAUUUGGCAAUGGAAAGGCCAAUGGUGAGCCAACCUGGGCUCUUCUUUUGACAGCUGUUAUAGCUGAACUUGGAAUUCUGAUAGCUUCACUUGAUAUGGUGGCUCCCAUUCUCUCAAUGUUUUUCUUAAUGUGCUAUCUGUUUGUAAACUUGGCCUGUGCAGUGCAAACACUUCUACGAACUCCAAACUGGCGUCCAAGGUUUAAAUACUACCAUUGGGCUUUGUCGUUUUUAGGUAUGAGCAUGUGCAUUGCACUAAUGUUCAUUUCUUCAUGGUAUUAUGCUCUUGUGGCGAUGUUAAUUGCGGGAAUGAUAUACAAAUAUAUUGAAUACCAAGGUGCAGAGAAGGAGUGGGGUGAUGGCAUUCGGGGCCUGUCCCUAAGCGCAGCUCGUUAUGCCUUGCUCAGGUUGGAAGAAGGUCCUCCUCACACUAAGAACUGGAGGCCUCAGUUGUUAGUUAUGCUGAAACUGGAUGAAGAUCUCCAUGUGAAGCAUCCCAGAUUGCUAACAUUUGCCUCCCAGUUAAAAGCUGGCAAGGGUCUUACUAUUGUUGGUUCUGUUAUUCAAGGAAAUUUCCUGGAAAAUUAUGGGGAAGCGCAGGCUGCUGAACAAGUCUGGAAAAAAUGUAGGAUGCGCAUUUUCACUGUUGCCCAAAUGGAUGACAAUAGUAUUCAAAUGAAAAAGGAUCUUGCAACUUUUCUUUAUCAUCUACGCAUUGAAGCGGAAGUUGAAGUUGUUGAAAUGCACGGCAGUGAUAUUUCAGCUUAUACAUAUGAAAGGACUCUCAUGAUGGAGCAACGGUCACAGAUGUUAAGGCAGAUGAGGCUAUCCAAGACUGAGCGAGAAAGAGAGGCUCAGUUAGUAAAAGACAGGAAUUCAAUAAUUCAUCAAGGCAAUGUUUACUCAGAUGAAGAGGAAGAGAUACAUGUUGACCCUGACAGAAUACAGAUGACGUGGACAAAAGAAAAAUGUGAAUCUGAAGGAAACCGCACUAGAGCCACCACACCAAACAGUUUCAGAGAAUUAAUCAGUAUUAAACCGGACCAGUCAAAUGUAAGGAGAAUGCACACAGCUGUGAAACUGAAUGAAGUCAUUGUAAAUAAGUCUCACGAUGCCAAACUGGUUUUGUUAAACAUGCCUGGUCCACCAAAAAAUCAAGAUGGAGAUGAAAACUAUAUGGAAUUUCUGGAGGUACUUACAGAAGGUCUGGAGAGGGUACUGCUUGUACGAGGUGGUGGUUGUGAAGUCAUCACUAUUUAUUCUUGAACAUAACUACCUUCUGAAGACAGAUGUGGUGGAAACCUGACCACAGAAGACAUUCAGUACACUGUGCGCUAUUAAACAAUUCUCUUGUCGGUCAAUGCCUCAGACAAAGAUUCCCAUGGCUCAUCUUCCAAGCUCAGACUGUCAGUUGACACAAUAAGUGCUGUUCCAGUUAAAUGCAAUUAUCUUCAAAUGUCCAGCACACACAUCUGCAGUGCAACCAAAAGUUAAAAUUUGACAGUUGUUACAAAUGUGGUAACAGAAGAAAGGUUGUGUAAAAAGUGCACUGUUUUUAACAAUGCCAGGAAUAAGCUUGGGCUUUGAGUUUGGAAUCCUUGUUUGGUAUUGAGCUUUGCACUGCUUUCUUGGUCAGUUGACAAUACAUUUAUUGGAAUUAGCUGCUAAAACAGCUCGAUUGUAAUGCAACUUUAUACAAUUGUACUUAAGGACGCAGCUCGCAGAAUCACAAGUUGGAGUGAUAGCUCCAGCACUACAUUCCGUGUAUUGCAGAAUAUGGAUUUUAAGCUAUUUUGUCAAGUUUAACUGUUUGUUAAUGGAUAGCUUUUAACAGUGUUUUUCACAGUAGACACUAAUUAUGAAAUAGUGAGAUCCAAACUGUCUCGCUGUAUCUUCCAAGGCUUGUGAUUGUGUACUAGGCAGAAAAGCCCUAUUUAUUUUAGUAUUUAUUUUUUUCAUAUUGUCCAGAAUAAAAAGCACUAUAUGGCUUUUCUUGUAGUAUUACUGAAAAUAAUUAGACCCAUCAGUUCGUGGACCACCUUUUGAAAUAAAUGUACUGCAGCCUCGCACACAGUGUCCAAAAUUGGUCCCUACUCUGGUAAGCUUGUAAUUGCACAAGAAAAGGAGCUGCUAUCUGUUCAAUUGAAAUUUUUUGCAAAACUAUUGUCAGCUGUUAAAUUAUUCUUAUAGUUUGGAGCUUUUCCUUUACUAUAAUGUGCUUUUGUUUAUCAUAAACAAAAUGUUAUUUUUCUCAAUAAAGCACUGUACAAGGUUUCUCAAA